GCUUGUGACUGGUCAUCGGCGGACGAAUCGUGGAAAGGGCGCAUUUUCAGUAAUUGGUGAUUGGAGAUCUCCAAAUAUUGCACUGAUUAUUGGUUACCGUGUUUUUAUUAACUUUUGUCGCGGCUAAUCUUCCUGUUUACUUUUCGAAUAAUCUAAAAGGGAAAAUAGAAAAUACAGGAGCCUGGAGCACUACAUUUUCCGAAGUCCUUGGUCGGUCGUUUGUAAUACAAGAUGUCCGUGUGCUUCUUCGUGCCUACUGAGCAAGACGCAACAGCCGUUGAAACGGAAGAAGCGGAGACAGAAUGUACCGGCGAGGAGUCACCCAUCAAUAACAUACACACUACACUCAACAACUUUUGGGCUAAAGUCAAUGAGGAUGUUAAGAAGAUUACUGCUGAGGAUUUCAAAACUCAAGUCCUACCGCUCGCUCGCAUCAAGAAAAUAAUGAAACUAGAUGAAGAAGUCAAAAUGAUAUCGGCAGAAGCUCCAGUGCUAUUUGCGAAGGCAGCCGAAAUAUUCAUACAUGAGUUGACGUUACGAGCCUGGUCACAUACUGAGGAUAAUAAGAGACGGACGCUACAGCGCAACGACAUAGCAAUGGCGAUAUCCCGAUCCGACCAAUUCGAUUUCCUCAUCGACAUAGUGCCAAGACAAGAGAUGAAGUUUAGCAGAUUGAGAGAUGAAACACCAAGAUCCACGCAACAAACUGAACAGGUGGCACAAACACACCAGCCCGCGGUACAAAAUACUACGCAGUAUGUAACACAGCAGUGCGCUCAGAUUGUUCAGCCAUCUUCAAGUACACCAGCUACAACUUCGACGAAUCCACAUCCGGUCACGUUGCUACAUCACGUUGUCAAUUCGUCGGGCGAAGUACAGAAUAUGCCGCUCCUCCUAACGCAAGCUCAAAUCAACAUGAUCCGCCUACAAGUGCAGAACAAUCCGAACCAGCCAAUCAUCAUUCAGGCACAACCACAAGGACAACAGCAAACUCCACAGAUUAUACAGGUAUCAUCACAAGCGCCACACCAACCCCAUCAGAUCUACAUCGCGCAAGUGGCCUCCAACCAAGAGGAGUCCUAGUGCCAAGCCACCACUGCGGCGGACAGUGAUUUGUGACAAGUUAUAAGUGCCAAGUGACAAGUGAAACGUUGCAUAAUCUGUGACAUAUUGUGGUGUCUGUGACAAGUGACAUGUAAUCUGUGACAAGUUGCCACUUUAGCGCUUUCGGGGAUAUAUUCGCUUUUGGACACUGAGCGCUCCAAAUUUAACAUCUUAAAUUAGUAUUCGAAGAAAAUAAAAUCAGUCUAGCAAGGCACAGAAGACUGAUCACCUACUUGUCGCGCAAGAAAAGAAAUCAGUGAAACGGAUGUAUGCAUAAUGCAUCUGCCCCUUACCUCACUAGGGGACAAGGGACCUCACUUUCACUCUAUUAGUCAUUUUAUCGUUUUUUUUUUGGUUGUCAAAGUAAACGCUAGUUUGGAGUGCUCUAGCGCUGAAAGUUCUGGCAGCACUGUGCAGAAGUUUCAUUUGUUGACAUAUUUUGAAGAUCAGUAGACAAACUUAUCUACAGCUUACGUCAAUCUCAUACAUUCGUAGUCUAUUCUAUUGAACGCUACGCUAACAGAAAACCACUUGGCUAGGGGGGCAGGCACAGCUGUACUUUGUAAGAAAGUGUGUUUUUAUUAGCACACAUUUGGUUUUCUUUUAAAUAUGCGCUAGGAAUUACAUUCUUGUUAAAACUUUGUUAAAUAGUCAAAUUAUAGGGAUCGGUUCUAAAAUGGGACCAAUAGCAGGAAAAUGGAUGCAUAAAUCAUCAACACCAUAUCUUACCGAAAUUUUCUUAAAUAAUAAAAAAUAAUGUGUUUAUUCUAAAAAAUGUUUCUUUAGUCUUAAUAAAAUGUUCAUUUAAAUCAGUCAAUUUUUAUAGUCUGAUUCAAAAGUGCUUGUAUAAAUUACUUGAAUAUAUUUUAAAUUUUCUGAAAGAACCCAAGUAAAAGAAACUAGAAACAUAAAGAUAUGCCUCAAUCCACUUUUUUCUGUUCUGCAUAAUAAAUGUAAGAUUAACAUUAAGAUUUUUAAAUGUAAAAAAAGUAUAUUUUUUGUUCUUUUUUAACUAAAAAAACUCAAUAUCCUAAAAAAACAGUUUCAUGUGAUAACUAUAUUAUGGACGGUGCAAUUAUUUAUUAUAAUGUACAGAUGUUAAUGUAUCUGACAAUGUUUUGUUAGUCUUCAUUAAAGUAUGAUUUUUAAAA